AUGGACACUGAUAGUAGUUCGGAAGAACCCACAUCGAUGGAGACAAACAGCGAGAUGGAGGAUACAUGCUCAACUACGUCUCAGAGGAGCGAGACGGGUGAUGGAAUCUGCCCAUCUCAUUCGAGUGGAGAUGAAGCCGCAACGCAGGAGGCAAACAUCGUGUACAUGAUGUUCAUGGCAUCACAGUUGUCUGGAGCUCGAGUUCGUCUGCCCGAACACAAUAUAGGCCUACGAGGGGAUCAAUAUAUUCAAGCAGUAUUGAAUGGUAACCCCAGAACUUGCAGAACAAUGUUUCGAAUGGAGGUGCAAGCCUUCCGUUAUGUUUGUGACCUCUUACGAGACUCAUUAAUUAUGGACCGUACGGAGAGAGUGUCUGUCGAGGAAUCAUUAGGCAUAUUUUGCCUUCUGGUUGGGCAUGCACAGGGUCAACGCAUCGUUGGGGACCGAUUCCAACAUUCAAGCGAGACAAUUAACCGCCAUGUGAAGACUGUGAUGCGGGCACUACAUCAACUUGGGAGGACUGUGAUUAGGCGCACUGAGAUGGAUGGGGUCCAUCCUUACAUUACGGAGAACCCCCACAAUUAUCCAUGGUUUGAGAAAUGUCUUGGUUCAAUGGACGGCACAAUGAUUAACGCUCGAGCACCAUCUAGGCUGAGUAAUGCAUAUAGAAAUCAUCAUGGUCAAAUUGCACAAAAUGUACUAUGCCUAUGCGACUUUAAUAUGAAGUUUCAGUAUGUAUAUACUGGCUGGGAGGGCACAGCACAUGAUGCAAGAGUAUUCCUGGAUGCCUUGAGUCGACGUCGGAAUCAAUUUCCAUGGCCACCCGAAGGGUAUUAUUACCUUGUCGAUUCUGCAUUCCCAUGCAUUGAGAAGUUUAUGCCUCCAUAUCCGCGAGAGAGGUAUCAUCGCUCUGAUCGUUAUAGCGGCCGUCAAUUCCGAGGAUAUAAAGAUUAUUUCAACUUUCGACAUUCAUCGCUGCGCAACAUUAUUGAACGUACAUUUGCGUUAUUGAAGAAUCGAUUCCAGAUAUUGAGUGCUAUGCCUCGCUAUCGCCCUACCAGGCAAGGGAUGCUCGUUACCGCAUGUUGUACACUGCACAACCUUAUUAAAACGGUAACGCCGAAUGAUGAGUUCAUUCAGGCUGCAUUGGAGCUUCAGUUUAGUCAAGAAAAGAUGACUGGGGCCGAUAAUGAUGCGGGCGACACAUCUGAAGUGGUUGACAUGUCCCAUGAGUCAGCCAGCGCCAUGAUAGCACAGAGAGAUGGAAUUGCGAUCCCUAUGUGGGCAGAUAGGUUUGGAGAAUGA